GACCUUUCGGGAUGGGCGGCGGGUGAAGGGCUGGCGGAGCGGCCAUGGCGGGAGGGAUGAAGGUGGCCUCGGGGCGGCCUAAGCUUUGGCACCGCCUCCUCCUCCUCGGGGCUGUGGUCCUCUUGGUGCCGGUGUGUGGCUCAGUAGAUAGAGUGUUGCCUCUUGAAGAUCAUCGCAUGCGAAAAGAGAAUUCCUCUAAGCAGUUUUGCUACACAAACAAGGUGACCCCAAAAUGGCAUGACAUAUGGACCAGAAUUCAGAUUCGAGUAAAAAGCAGCAAGAUGAUCCGAGUCAUCCAGGUGGAAAAUGAGGAAAAGCUUAAGGAACUGGAGGGAUUCAAUGUGUGGAACUACAUCGGCUCCUUCUUCAAAGAGAAACUCAAUGACACCUAUGUUACUGUAGGUCUCUACAGUAAUAAAACUUGUUUGAAAGUUGAAGUGCUUGAAGAAGGCUCCAAUUACACCAUCAUCGUUGCUCGUACAUUUGAUCCCAAGCUCUUCGUGGUUACAUUUCUGGGCCUUCUGCUGUUUUUCUGUGCUGACUUGAUGAGCAGAAGUCCAUUUUUCUUCUAUUCGGCUGGAAUAAGCAUUGGCAUGCUAAGUUCAUUGCUAAUUGUCAUCUAUGUAAUGUCCAGAAUGGUGCCCAAGAAAAGUCCCAUCUACCUCAUGCUAGUGGGAGGCUGGUCUUUUUCUGUUUACCUUAUUCAGCUGGUCUUCAGAAACCUGCAGGAGAUCUGUAAAUUGUACUGGGAAUAUCUGCUGGGUUACUUGCUCAUCGUAGGGUGUAUCAGCUUUGCAGUGUGCUACAAAUAUGGGCCCCUGGAGAACGAACGCAGCAUCAAUCUCCUCACUUGGGGUUUGCAGGUUCUUGGCUUGCUUUUCCUCUACGCAGGCAUCCAGAUACGGCAGAUCGCCAUCGCACUGAUCGUAAUUGCAUUCUGCACAAAAAACCUGGAGUACCCAGUCAUGUGGGCCUAUGCUAUCUACAGCAGGAAGGUCUCCACAGCCCCAGAAAAGCCCAGCCCACCACGUCUGCUAACUGAGGAGGAGUACCGGAUACAGGGGGAGGUGGAGACACGCAGAGCCCUGGAGGAAUUGCGGGAGUACUGCAGCAGCCCAGAAUUCUCUGCCUGGAAAGCUGUCUCCCGCAUCCAGUCUCCCAAGAGAUUUGCUGAUUUUGUAGAAGGUGCUUCGCAUGUGGUCCCCAAUGAGGUCUCUGUCCAUGAGCAGGAAUAUGGGCUGGGAGGUUCUUUUCUGGAGGAUCAGCUCUUUGAAGAGGAAGAUGGAGAGCGAGACUACAGCUUUGAAGAAGAGGAAUGCGUGGACACCUUUCGGCCCCAGAACCAUCUGAGUUUCUGAAACAAAGCCAACUACUAUUCAUGCAAAUAGAUUGGUUGGUAAUGCCCCUUGUUGACAUGGGGUAGGAGUUGCAGCAUUGCUGCUCUCAUGUUACAGUGAGCACAUGUAUACCUAGUCUACUGUGGAUGGCACAUACAGAACAAGGUGUAUAUGCUUGGCAGACUGCGCAAAUGGGCUGGGGUUCUACAGGCCAUUAAAGCCCUGCUGCCUACACUAAACAAUGAACCGAACGUGCAGUGAGCCACACGUGGCGCAGAGUCCUGGACUCAGUAUCUUGUGGGCUGUGAGUGUGAAUGAGGCUAGGCAACUGGGGAGCAAGGUGGAGUUGUGACAAUCUAUUUAAAACCUGCCAGUAAUGAAUUAUUUUGCCGUGAUUAGACAGGGGCUCCAGAGGAAGGGCUUAAAAACACCAGUGUGUAAUGUCCAGCUGAGUUAGGGUUUGCCAUAAGUACAUUAGCUGCUGUCAUACUUUGUUUCUUGGAAGCCCAGAAUGCUGUUGUCCGAGGUCUGACUUUUCAUGGUGUCUGUGGUGGUUAGUAGAGAUACUGCCCA